AGAAUAUAGAAUAGACACACACAAAUACACUGAGAGAGGGGUCCGAGCGUGACUGUCAAAUCUACAUAUUCUCUCUCUGAAAACUCUUUUGUUUCUCUUAAAAUUCUCACAAUCCAAAAUCCCAGACACCGGUCUGGCUCUGUUCCGGGGAUUCGAUUAAAUCGCCGAUCCUUUUCUACAGUUCCUCGGGAAAAGCCUUCGCCUCUUUCUCUUUUUCCAGUCCCAGAAUGUAAUGUUUCAGAUUUUCAAGAGAUACUGAUAUAUAUAUACGUUUGUGAUCCAAAAGAAGAAGAGGAAAAUCAUAGAGAGAGAAAGUGUUCAAUCAAAUGGAAGGUCAUGACACAUUUUCUGGGCUAGGAAAUGGUAUUGGUACCCAGAUAGAUGGAAAAGUCUUACAAACAUUUCAGAAGAACUUUGUUCAAGUUCAGAACAUCUUGGAUCAAAACAGGCUAUUAAUCAAUCAAAUAAACCAAAACCAUGAAUCAAAGAUUCCAGACAAUCUCAGCAGAAAUGUGGGAUUAAUCAGAGAGCUCAACAACAACAUAAGGAGGGUCGUUGACCUUUAUGCUGACCUUUCAACAUCUUUCACCAAAUCCAUGGAUGCUUCUUCUGAAGGAGACUCCAGUGGUGUUCUCAAAUCUGAUGGCAGAGCUGGGCUUAAGAGGAAUCGUCCCAUUUAAAUGGUUUUUUUUUUUCUUUUUCAUUUUUUUUUUUUUUGGAUGUGGGAAACCAAGUCUUAAUUCUGUGGAAAUGAUAUAAUUAAUUAUGGGAGGGAUUAGAUUAUGUAACUCUAUUGUUGUCAAUAGUGAGAAACUGUUUACUGCCUCACUCAUAAGUCAUUUGUCCUUACAUUUGUUAGACAAAGGAAUAAUUGUACGGAAGUAUCGGUUGUAAACUAUGGAUCUAAUUCAAUUCAAGGAAGAAAAGAAGAAGAAAAAAAAAAUCCAUUGGGGGUGUUUUUUUUUUUUUGGGAAAAA